AUGACUAAUCCUUGGGUUGGUCGAUUUCCAUUUGAAAUGAAAGUAUAAAAAUAGAAAAAAGAAGACUUGCAUUCACCAAAUAGAAGUGAAAUAGAUUUCUUCAAUGUUCCAUCGAUAUCAGCUUCUGUUGGUAUCAAAUAAUUAUAAUAGUUUAAGUUAUGCAACCAAAAACAGUAUUUGAAGCUCUGAAAUCUUUGAUGUUUAGAUAAAAGGAGAACUCUGUCUCUUAUGAUGAGUUCUAUUCAUUUUCUCGCAGAUUAUAUAUUUGUGAAGAUCCUGUAAACUAAUUUAUACAAUAUUAAGGAUUAAAGUUUAAGGGUAUUCCGUUAAAUAGCAGGACAAUCAGAAAUUAUUUAAUUAGAGGGUAAUAUACACAAUUUUAAAUUCAAUAGAUUUUUUUUUAUUUCNGUAUCAUUAAAAACUUCAACUUUAAAAUCAAACACAUUUCAUUCAGCUAAAUCACCCAUGAUAUAAGUAAAUAGAAUUGCUAUUAAAAUGAAAUCUUCCCCUCUAAUUUAAUUACCAAAAAGCAAUAGUUAAAGUAAAAUAUAAGUUAGUCCAAAAUUAAAGAAUCUAAAGCUUUUGCUCUAACAUAAAUCAUGA